AUGACUAAAACAUUCUGUUCACUAUUACAGAUGCGACUAGCGGGGUUCCGGGCAUCACAGGGUGCUACCAGAGUUCGACCAGUUUCCAGUACUUCAUACCAUUUCUUCUCCUUUCUGUGUUCGAACUGGGUGGGACUUAUGGUGCUCACGCUCAUACGCGCCAUACAGAACUGGCGGAUAAACCCAAGCCGUCUGUACGUUGCCUUGGUGAACCAUAACAUAUUCUAUUAUGCAUGCGGUUUCCGUGAGCUUACACUUGUUCGCGCUGUUUUCCUGUACUCAUCCAUGAUCAUUGUCUUUCCUGAAGUGCUCUCGGUAACGAACGUCUUCGCAUCGUUGCUCCUCCAGUACUCCUAUCAGAACAUUUUGUAUGAUUUCGAGUUCAUGACCCUUGCAAUCCUUGCCACACGCAUGCACCUCCAUCUCUGGAAAACGGACCGACGUGGACACGGCUCUGGCACCCUCAUGCAUAUUCCAAUGUCCGACGCGCCAUCUAUGGUGUAUUCAACUGACGAUGUCACAGAAGCGAUGAGCUUGCAGUCCUUUAAGUACAUAUUGGCAUCGAUGGCUACAUUCUGGACCUAUGACUAUGCAUGUUCACUUCAUGAAGAGUGGACAUUUUUGCUUCGGUCACGCUGGAACAAGAUGAAAGGACUCUAUAUCAUUACACGAUACCUCCCCUUUAUCUUUCUGGCCACGGAUCUAUUCAUGUACUUUACCCCGAACGAGAACUCAGGCAAAUGCCGGGUGCUGGAAAAUACUCAAUCAGGUCUUGGAAUAGUAUUAGUCAUUGUCUCCGAAAGUUUUUUUAUCCUUAGAACAUAUGUACUCUGGAACAGAAGUAGAAUCUUGCUCGUAGCCAUCUUGUUCACCUCUUUCCAUCCUUCUGCAUUGUCUUCGCCGCUGGCAUCCCCGCAGCAUGUAGUCGCUCUCACCUUCCCUCUGGCGUUCCACGACCACUUAAACAUUCUGUUCCCUUUUGCAGAUACGACUAGCGCGAUCCCGGGAAUCACAGGGUGCUACCGGAAUUCUACCAGUUUCCAGUACGUCAUAGCAUUCCUUUUCCUUUCCGUGUUCGAACUGGGACUCAUGGUGCUCACGCUCAUAUGCGCCAUGCAGAACUGGCGGAUAAACCGAAGCCGUCUGUACGUUGUCCUGGUGAACCAUAACAUAUCCUAUUAUGUAUGCGGUUUUCUGCUCUCGGUAACGAACGUCUUCGCAUCGCUGCUCCUCCAGGACUCCUACCAAACCUUUUUUUAUAAUUUCCAGUUUAUCAUACUUGCAAUUCUUGCCACGCGCAUGCACCUCCAUCUCUGGCAGGUGAAUCGACAUCCGCACGGCUCUACUAGCAACCUCGUGCAUGUUCCAAUGUCCGACAUUUCAUUUGCAAAUCCCACGGCGUGA